AUGGCAACAGAAGAGAGAGUCAAAUUGCUAGUCGCUGCUCGAAAGGGCAUAUAUGAGGAUGUGGUUUCCUUGUCUAAAUUGCAGAUUCCCCUAGGCGAUUACGUUCAACCUCCCCAUAAUAGGACAGCUCUUUGGUACUCUUGUAGAAAUGGGAGUUUAAAAAUGGCUAGAUUAAUUUUAAAAAAAGGAAGUAACAUAAAUCAUAAAGAUUCCAAAGGAAUGUCGCCACUUCAUAUAUGUGUUAAAUAUGGACAUAUAAAUAUAGCUAAAUUUCUUAUUGAAAAUAAAGCUGACAUAGAUAUAAAAGACAAUAUCGUUAAAUUAUUGAUAGAAAAUGGAGCUGAUGUCCAAAUAAAAGAUAAUAAUAAGGCAAGCGUUUAUGAUUAUGCAGAUUUUAAUGGAAAAACACAAUUAUCUACCUAUAUAUUAUACAAAA